AGUGUAAAAUGUACGUUUUCCGCCGUCUGCGCUCCGUAUUUCCCGUUUCGUGUGACGUGCCGUGGAGUGGCGCGCAGCGGACCUGACAGACGGACGGGCAUGCGCAGUGGCAUCGCCCCUUGGCGCGAGCGCCGGCUGAUUAUCUGCCCUCAGAGACACCUUCAUUCUGAGGAUAAGAAUACAGUUUGAAGAUGUCUAGGCGGAGCGGGUUAUUACAGGAUAAAGAUGUGAAUUCCACAAUGCUGAGUGUCAAGCUGACAAGAAAGAAAGCCUCACAGUGCAACAGAAGAAAAUCAAAGCUUACUGUAACUAAAGUUCAAAUGCAUACAACAGAGGGUCAGUGUUUGUCAGUGAGUGAUGGCCCCAGCAUCCUCAGUGAAACACCACACAAAGAACUGGAGGUAGCGAGGAGUCUGUCUGAGUUCAGAAACCUGAAAACAUCUCCUUUGCCAUGCCUCAGUUGGGGCAGCUCAGAUGAUGUUUGGAUUAAGAUGUUGAACAAAGAUCUCAAGUACAUCCAUGACAAGAGCUUCAUGAAGCAGAAUCCAAACCUGCAGCCCAAAAUGAGAUCUAUACUCCUAGACUGGCUUCUGGAGGUCAGUGAAGAAUUCAGUUUUCAUCGCGAGACAUUCUAUUUGGCACAGGACUAUUUUGACCGGUUUAUGAUGACGCAGGAUUGUGUUGACAAGAACUGCUUACAGCUUAUUGGGAUCACAGCUCUUUUCAUUGCCUCCAAAGUUGAGGAAAUUUAUCCUCCAAAGUUGCAGGAUUUUGCUUAUCUGACAGAUGGGUCCUGCUUAGUGGAUGAAAUAAAACUGAUGGAACUUAUUAUGUUAAAGGCCUUGAAUUGGGAAAUCCGUCCCGAGACAGUCAUAUCCUGGUUAAAACUUUACAUUCAAGUGGCAUCUUUGAAGGAUGACCCCAACAUUUUAGUACCUCAGUUCUCUCAGAAAACCUACAUACAAAUUGCACAGCUUUUAGAUUUAUGUAUUCUUGAUAUUAAUUCAUUGGACUACCAGUAUGGAGUAUUGGCUGCUGCAGCACUUAGUCAUUUCACUUCCUUUGAAGUUGCUCAAAAUGCAUCUGGCCUGCGGCAGGACAUCCUAGCCAAGUGUGUGAGCUGGAUGACUCCUUUCAUGAAGACGAUCAGCGAGUCUGCCUGCGAGCAGGUGAAGGACUUCACGCAGGUGGCCAGAGAGGAUGGAUAUAACAUUCAGACUCAUGUGGACUACCUGACCAUGCUGACUGAUGCCCAGCAAAGGCAGCUAGAGAGUAUGAACAGGCUGUCACCAGUACCUAGGAGCACCAUUCUAACCCCACCCAAGAGUACAGAGAAGCCAUCUUCCCAUUGAUCCU